CCACAAAAAAGAACUGCGGCCCUUGUUGUUUGGCUUUAGUGAGGCUAUAUUGCACGUAACUUGUAAUUGAAUCCCCGAUCCCAAACAGAAUUUACAAAAAGCCAAGACAAAAGCCAGGACAACAGAGACAAUCAUAUUCCUUUUCGGCUGCCAAAGAAACAGCAUCCAUUUUUAUCGUCCUCUUCCCAAUGACAACCAUAAGCAGAAAUCAAGCAAUCUGCAUGUUCUAUGGAGAAAAAUACACCGAAGAAAAUGCAGCUAGGCUGUUCAAGAAGAUUGAGGGUACAGAGCUCGAAAUCUGUCACCUUCAUGAUCCCAGCGAACCUAUCUUGAUUUGGGAGAAAAAAGUCAACCAAUACCCUUUUCGAUAUAACAAGUAUCCAGAAUGUGAAACAAGCAAUGAAACAUCAACUGUUGUGGAGAUCUCAUUCACAUGUCAAUCACAGAUCGUUCAUUUUCUCAACUUGGUGUACCUUGCAUCUGACCCAGGCAACGAAAACAUGUAUGAACGUCAACAAGUAUCGAUGAGGCAAAUUUUUGCCAGCAUUUGGCAAUACACGGCGUUCUUCGAUACAAAAACUCUCCAAGCAUUUACUGUGUGGUGUACCCAUAAAAAAUUGAAUUUUUUGAAGGCACCCGCAAAACGAAAGCUGACGAACACAGGAGACAGGAUGAAUGUGAGAACCCUUUUCGUGUUAAAAAAUAAUCUCAUCAACAACACAGCCAAAGGCAUUGCAGAGCAUCUCCCUAAACACCAAGCCCUUCUACACAGCCUAAAGAAGGAUGGUCACACGAUCGUCGGCUAUGUCCGAAAAUCAUUGACCAAUGACAAGGAAGCCAAACGAAUCAAACUGUUGCAACAAAUGUGCGAUAAUUUAAAGCAAAGGUCAAUGGUGGACGUGGUCUUUGGCUCGACGCACAGCAAAGCGAACGAUCCGUUUUGCAGUAGAGAUCUUACAAAACGCAAGCAAACAGUCGAAGAUGAUGAUGAUCUUGGCAAUACCCAAGGUAAAACGUCCAUUCAAUUAUGUUCAAUGUCUAAUAUGUCCACCUUAGAUAUGCUGGAAUUCAUUGCCAGCAAAUCGAAGAUUUGCAUUGUCGCCUUGGACCACGCUGGCCUAACAACUAAUACCCACGAUCUAAGGGAAUUUCUGCGAUCCCAUCCCCAAGUCAAAAAAAUCAUUGUCGAUAAGUUGCCGCACACCCACGAGAUACUUGUCUAUGAUUGCAAAGAAUUGGUGAAGGACGAUGAAUUGCUGCAAGCAUUCAACUGCCGAAUUGCCUCAUUUCAAAGAAGCAAAGUUUACCCGUAA